AUGAGUAAGAUGUCUAAGAAUAAGUUGAAUUUGACCCUACCACCAGGGUCAAUUGAUACAGCGCCUGCAGUCACACCGUCUAACAUGACGCCUCAGCUGAAAUCUGCCACUGCAACUGAACGGCAGGGUUUAGCUGGAAAGUCUAAGACUAGUAUUGAAGCUCUUACUGAAAGGUUGGAGCAAAUAGAAAUGGAUGACACACAGAGACGAAGGAUAGAAGUAUUCCUCUGCCAGAAGGAGAAAAUUGGAGAACUUAGUGAUGACGAUUUCGAAAAACUUGGAGAGCUUGGUCAAGGUAAUGGUGGUGUGGUAAUGAAAGUUCGACAUAAGUCCACAGGUCUGAUAAUGGCUCGCAAAUUAAUCCAUUUAGAAGUCAAACCAGCUAUUAAAAAACAAAUUAUAAGGGAACUCAAAGUCCUUCAUGAGUGUAACUUUGCUCAUAUAGUUGGAUUCUACGGAGCAUUUUACAGUGAUGGAGAGAUUUCGAUAUGUAUGGAAUACAUGGAUGGUGGAUCGUUAGAUCUUAUAUUGAAGAAAGCUGGACGAAUUCCUGAGUCUAUUUUAGGAACGAUAACUUCAGCGGUGCUGAAGGGACUGAGUUAUCUCCGUGACAAACACGCUAUCAUGCAUCGUGACGUGAAACCGUCCAAUAUUCUCGUCAACAGCAAUGGAGAGAUCAAGAUCUGUGACUUUGGUGUGUCUGGACAACUGAUUGAUUCUAUGGCCAAUUCAUUUGUUGGAACAAGGAGUUAUAUGUCACCUGAACGUUUACAAGGCACACACUACUCUGUGCAGUCGGACAUCUGGUCUCUUGGCCUGUCCCUAGUAGAAAUGGCAAUCGGCAUGUAUCCCAUACCACCUCCAGAUGCGAAGACUCUCGCUGCUAUAUUCGGGGGGCAAAAUGAAGAUCAUUCCCCUGGACAGGCACCAAACUCUCCUCGUCCAAUGGCGAUAUUCGAGCUCCUAGACUAUAUAGUCAAUGAACCGCCUCCAAAGCUACCGGCUGGCAUCUUCACUGACGACUUCAAGGACUUCGUCGAUCGCUGCUUGAAAAAGAAUCCAGACGAACGAGCUGAUUUGAAGACACUCAUGAAUCAUGAAUGGAUUCGGAAAGCGGAAGCAGAGAAAGUGGAUAUAGCAGGAUGGCGAAAAAGGGUCAAAACAUUUCCCAAGAGAAAGCGGGCGACACAAUCUGUGAGGACGCAAGCGCAGAAUAAUAGCUGCCCUACACCACGCGAUGACAGUAAACAGUAUGUCAACUCUAGAUACCAUUGUCCAGAACACCACGCAACACCACCACUUGUGUAA